ACGAAAUGUGACUAAUUUCUCUUGGGAAGCUGUGGUUCAAAUCCGUCAGCGUGUAUGUGACUCUUCGCUUCAAGGUUUAUUGUAUAGGCGGAGCAUAAAAAGACAUUGUUUUGGCUCGAGCAAGAGCUAAUCAAGAAUUACCGCUAUGAAGACUCGUUGUCCUUGGAGAUUGUGAGCGGCGGGCUUGAUUUUUAGUCAUUUCUACAAAUUGAAAGAAGCACAGUCGUUUGUGGAAUAUGUGAAGUCUAUUGUUGCUACAAGGUUUUUAUUUUCUAUUUGUUAUCUCUAACCGUUUAGCCAAAAGUACAGUAAGCAGUUGCAUGGAACUGACCAAAAGAAUCAUGUUGCUUGGUACCGCCAUUCGUUUUAUCUCGAAGUUCCUUCGGUUUGUAAGGUAGAGAAUCACAGCAACAAGUGAAUUUUAGAACGAUCUGGUCAUCCUUCCAAGAUUCUGUGCGUGUGAUCUGGCUGUUCCGUUUGUGCUUUGCACUCGAAUUACCUCGAAUUUAUCGUUCGUUCAGCCUACGAGUGGUAAAGUCGUGACAGUGUCCGGUACAUCCUACAGCAAGCAUCCGUUCAAUCCUCUUCUAAAUUCGAACCAUUUGAAGGAGUUUACAGUUCUGGAUGUUCAGUUGGAUCACCCAUCCCAGCGAACGAAUCGUGAAAUCACAGAAGAAGGCAGCAUUGUUAUGGGAGAUGUCGAAGUAAUUCGAAGCGAUGAUUUCGGUGUCAGUAAUGAAACGAUUAUCGUUCGAUCUCAUCUGUGUGGUGUUUUGGAGCCUGGAAUGCUGGUAAUGGGGUAUGAUUUACGUCGAUCAGCGUUGAACAAUGACGAAUAUGAAAAGUACGCAGAUUUAUUACCCGACGUAGUAUUGGUGUGCAGAGCAAAGGAUCCUGAAAGAAAGCAGAAGCAGAAUAAGAACAAGAAUAAGGAAAGAUUGAGAGAAGUGAAUACUGCAUCUGAAGAGCGAAAUCGAGAAAUUGAGCAGUACGAAGAGGAGCGAGAGCAGUAUUCUUUGGAAGAGGAGAAUGAUAGCGAGGAGGAGAAUGAUAGCAGGGAGGAGAAUGAUAGCAGGGAGGAGAAAGAUAGCAGGGAGGAGAAAGAUAGCGGAGAGGAAACGAAGGAAAAGGUAAUGUAG